CGGUGCAGCAGCAGCAGGGGAGGGUCACUGGGAGUGUCCCGGGCCACGAGCAUAAACUGCGGCUCUGCGCUCCGCCGCUCCGCCGACUCGACGCCUCUCUGCUCAGCUGCAGCUUGGAAGCUUCUCUCCACGGCUCUCUCAGGUCCACACCCGUCCGUCAGUCCGUCCCCGAUCACAACCUCCGCUUUCAGCAGGCAGGAUGACAGCACAGCACCCAGAGUUCGAGCGGGCCGGACAGCAGCCGGGCCUGCAGGUGUGGAGAGUGGAGAACUUUGACCUGGUGCCGGUUCCAGAGAACCUCCACGGCGGAUUUUACACCGGAGACGCCUACCUCAUCCUCAACACCAUCAAGCAGCGCUCCGGGAACCUGCAGUACGACCUCCAUUUCUGGCUGGGUGAUUUCUGCACCCAGGAUGAAAGCGGCUCGGCGGCCAUCUUCACGGUCCAAAUGGACGACUUCCUGGGAGGGAAACCGAUCCAGUACCGGGAGGUUCAGGGACACGAAUCCAAAACCUUCCUGGGAUACUUCAAGUCUGGAAUCAAAUACAUGAAAGGAGGCGUUGCGUCCGGGUUCAAACACGUCGUCACCAACGAGGUGGUGGUUCAGCGGGUGUUUCAGGUCAAAGGUCGGCGUGUUGUCAGGGCGACGGAGGUGCCGGUCAACUGGGAGAGCUUUAACCAGGGAGACUGCUUCAUCCUGGACCUGGGAAAUGAGAUCUACCAGUGGUGUGGAUCCCAGAGCAACCGCUUUGAGAAGCUGAAGGCCACGCAGGUCGCCAAGGGUAUCCGUGACAAUGAGCGCAGCGGCAGAGCUCGGGUUUACGUCUGUGAUGAGGGGAUGGAGAGGGAGAAGAUGGUGGAGGUUUUGGGACCAAAACCGGACCUUCCUGCUGGAGCCUCAGAUGACAUCAAAGCUGAUGCUGCAAACAGGAAGAGUGCCAAACUCUACAAAGUGUCUAACGCCAGCGGAGGAAUGACCAUCGCUCUGGUGGCUGCAGAGAAUCCGUUCGCUCAAAGCGCCCUGGAGUCCGGCGACUGCUUCAUCCUGGACCACGGAGCAGACGGAAAGAUCUUCGUCUGGAAAGGCAAAGACGCCAACAUGGACGAGCGGAAGGCGGCGAUGAAGGCGGCGGACGAGUUUAUCAAGAAGAUGGGUUACCCCAAACACACGUCGGUGCAGAUCCUGCCGGAGAUGGGCGAGACGCCGCUCUUCAAGCAGUUCUUCAAGAACUGGCGGGACAAGGACCAGACGGUGGGUCUGGGCGUCGCCUACAUUGCCAACAGCAUCGCCAAGAUCCAGAAGGUGCCGUUCGACGCCGCCAGCCUCCACGAGUCCGCGGCCAUGGCGGCUCAGCACGGCAUGGUGGACGACGGCAGUGGAGAGAAAAAGAUCUGGCGUAUCGAAGGAUCUGACAAGGCCCUGGUGGAUCCAUCCACACAUGGACAGUUCUACGGAGGAGACAGUUACAUCAUCCUGUACAACUACCAGCAUGGAGGACGCAGUGGACACAUCAUCUAUAUGUGGCAGGGGAUGGACUCCAGUCAGGAUGAAAUCGGGGCCUCAGCGAUCCUCGGAGCUCAGCUGGACGAGGAGCUCGGCGGUGGUCCUGUUCAGGUUGUUGGUGCUCCUAUAACCACUCAGGUGAGGGUGGUGCAGGGGAAGGAGCCGGCCCACCUCAUAAGUCUGUUCGGAGGGCAGCCGAUGGUGGUGUACAAGGGAGGAACGUCCAGAGAAGGAGGUCAGUCGGCUCCUGCAGACGUCCGACUCUUCCAGGUUCGGUCCAACUCUGCAGGACACACCAGAGCUGUGGAGGUUGAUGCAGCGGCAUCCAACCUGAACUCCAACGAUGUUUUUGUUCUGGUGACGCCCGGCGAUUCCUUCCAGUGGGUCGGCGUCGGCGCCAGCGACGCGGAGAAGCAGGGAGCCCAGCAGCUGUGCAACAUCCUGGGAGUGUCGGCCUCCGAGCUGUCUGAAGGAGGAGAGAGUGAUCAGUUCUGGGAGGCUCUCGGUGGAAAGGCAGAAUAUCGUACGUCGACCAGACUGAAGGACAAGAUGGACGCUCAUCCACCACGACUCUUCGCCUGCUCCAACAAGACCGGAAACUUUAUCAUCGAGGAGGUUCCAGGUGAGAUGACCCAAGACGACCUGGCCACUGAUGACGUAAUGAUCCUGGACACCUGGGAGCAGGUGUUUGUCUGGAUCGGAAAUGAGGCCCAGGAGGAGGAGAAGACUGAAGCGAUGGCAUCUGCGGUGCGCUACAUUGAGACAGAUCCGGCCAACCGGGACCCCAGGACGCCCAUCGUCAAAAUCAAGCAGGGCUUCGAGCCGCCCACGUUCACCGGCUGGUUCCUGGGAUGGGACCACGAGUACUGGACCUCCGACCCGCUGGAGCGAGCCAUGGCUGAGCUUUCCUUGUAACCCAGACCCCUCUGACCCCUCGCUGUGCCGCUACAAGCACUGAGCUCCUCUUAGCAAGACUCUUUUAGCUGCCAAUGCAAGUGUUUUUAUUUGUGUCACGUUGUCUACAGCGGUGCCUUCACACCUGUAAUGAAACCAACAGCCGGUAGGAAGAAGGCUUUAACGGAUAAACACUCUCUCUGCUGGGUUUUGCAAUAAAUAUAGUAGGAUUCUUAUUUUGUAUUUUGACAAUAAAACUAGUGAAACGUAACAAACACACAGUUUAAAGUUUAGCGAGCUGCAAUAUUAGAAAACUCACUGCCACGAAAACACGGCUCAUAAAAAGCAAUACAACCGAUGCCUUAAUAUCAGUUCCUUUAGUUUACAGUAAGCCUACUUUUUUUUUUCUAAAUAAAAGGUACUGCUCCAGUUCCAGGAUGACUUUCUAGAUAUAUUGUUUGUACCUUUGUUUUAAAUGUCACUUGUAUUUAUUUUGUAAGAAAAGCCACAGAUUCGCACCCAGGAAGCUUGCAACUUUUAGCGGGAAACCGACGCUUAGCUGCUUUUAAGGUAUCCUUAAACCUUGUUACCAUUUCAAUUAAACUAAAUAAAACAUG